CUAAACAUUAUAUAAAUCAUGAGUUGAUUACUUGGAGUAUCAAGAGAAGCAACAGGCAGGAUGGGUCACAGAAUGGUGCAUAUAAGAUUGGACUGGACCCUAAAGGCCCCUCAUGUUAUCGAUACGAUCGGGGAGCGCUGAAGCUACAUUGCAAGACUACAUCACAAUAUAUCAACCAUUUCUAUGAACACGAAAGUUUGACCGGAAAAAAAAGGAGAAAGGAGAAGGAAAGUAAUCGACGACGGGGAGGCAUGGCCAGGGUAAAAUUCUCGCCAGUCUUCCGAGAACCAACUUGUCGGUGACCUGUACGGAUAUGUCCACAUGAUUUAUUGAGAAUAGCUGCGUGCUAGCCCGUAUACAAAUUUCAAGCAUGCACCAGAAGAUUGGUGUGCAUGUGCAUCGGAACAAAGCGUUCUGUCUACCCAAAUCCAUGUCCCCGGAAUAUCACGCUUUGAACGGGAACUAUAUCAACAAGUACUAUAAAUUAAUGCCCUGCAUCUAUCACCAAUCGAGCAAUGCCUUCGGGAGCUUCCGCGGCGCCACUACAUGCGCGUGGCUUGAAGCUAGGGAAGCUCUUCCCGAAAAACCAAUGAUGUACAGCAAACAGAGGGCUUGAAAGGGCUGCUCGCACAUUUAACAACCCUCCGAAUCAGCUACCUGCACAUACUUCGAUGUCGAACCGUCCUAGGGUGGGACUAAUGCCUAGGUGAGCCCUUUUCGUUUGAACACCUUGAUGCGCUCAACUGCGCGUUUCGAAGGCACAUGAGGAUGAUAUUUCCACUAGAUCUCGCAGCAUGUACAGCCCAGAUCAAUCUCAUGUCAGGACGCCACGUACUAUCGGGAUUCCGAUGAUUGUGUCGCGAUGACUGACAUGUCCAUCCAUGCAACGCAGAUCUCCGCAUCCUUGAGACGGAUGAGAGCGCAAGUGAUAAGAAAAACGAUCCAAUCUGGUCUCUUUCUGCUAACCUGUCUAGAUAGAUAUGGUGAACGCAUUGCCAAUCAGACAAUAUCAGCACAUGGGGUUUGUUUCAGUUGCUCCGUUCCGUACGGUCUUCCAAGCACAUGGAUGGUCCAGCGGCCUCCUAGACACUAUCGACUGUUUGCCCGACUAGCGCUGUAUCCCAUCAGGCCCAUAAAUAAGUGUUGCAUGCUCAACCGUGAAGAAUGAGGUAAUCGCAUCAGCUCUACAUAUGUACAUGCAAUGACCACGUGUGCAUGAGAUGAGGUCAACUGGUAUAAUUAGUUUCACGAUUAUGAGUGGCCGCCGCCUGGUGUUUUGUCUUUUAUUUUCGCUGAAGACUUUCC